AUGGGAAAGUUUAGCACUUACAGGUACUUGGAGCUAAAAGAUGGUACCUCAACACCACAUAUCAGUGCAAGAACAAUAUCUUUAAAGCAACCCAGGAGGCUGAAGAAAGUUUUUAUUCUGCUCAUCAUAUUAGCAUUAUGCGCAACAUACUUUAUGGGACUGUUCGCGGGGCAGACACAGUGGUUCGAUGGCUUAGCGAAGAGUCUCGGGUACGAAAGCGUGUACCACCAUGCUGUUAUUAUCGACGCUGGGUCUUCAGGGACCAGGGUGUUGGCUUAUAAAUUUAGAGUACCGUUUACAGUAUUCGGACCACCAAGUUUGGAUCUAGUUGAAGAAUUUUUCGAGCAGUCCAAACCAGGUCUGUCUUCCUACGUCGAUGAUCCUGAAAAGGGCGCCGACACAGUAGUUCAAUUAAUAAAAAAGGCGGAAUUCCUUACUCCGCUAGAGAAAAGGAAAUCGACACCGUUGAUCGUACGAGCGACUGCCGGGUUACGGCUGCUGCCUAAGGAUAAAGCCCAGCAGCUUCUCGUCCACGUGUCUAAAGCAAUAUCUACAAUGGGCUACGAUAUCGGUCCGAACGCUGUGGAGAUCAUGGAUGGCGCUGAUGAAGGCAUUUUCAUUUGGUACACAACCAAUUUGUUACACAAUCUGUUAGGCGGCGAGACAAUGGCCGCGCUGGACUUGGGCGGUGGUUCUACGCAGAUUACGUACCAGUUGAGCGACAGCGAGGUGACGCAAUAUCCAGAGUCCGAUAGGCACGUCGUGGCCGCCGGCGUGAACGUCACGCUCUACACGCACAGUUACUUGAACCUGGGACUUCUUGCUGCUCGUUAUGGUAUCUUCCGUUUAGAAGCAGGAGACAACGCCACGAAUGAAUUUACAUCGGUCUGCGUUGACCCCAUCGUCCAACGAGAACCUUGGACAUAUGCUAACAAAGAGUACUUUAUAAGCGGCGCGGCGCGCCCGGCGGGCAUGAAGCGCGAGGCGGCGUACGCGCGCUGCCACGAGCUGGUGCGGCGCUACACGCUGCGCGCGCUCGACUGGGAGCCGCGCGAGCCGCCGCGCGGCGCCGUCGCCGCCAUGAGCUACUUCUACGACGUGGCCGCCGACGCGGGCAUCAUCGGUCAGUGCUGUUGCAAUUGCAACCUUACAUCUAUAGAUUUAGAGCGCUACACGCUGCGCGCGCUCGACUGGGAGCCGCGCGAGCCGCCGCGCGGCGCCGUCGCCGCCAUGAGCUACUUCUACGACGUGGCCGCCGACGCGGGCAUCAUCGGUCAGUGCUGUUGCAAUUGCAACCUUACAUCUAUAGAUUUAGAGCGCUACACGCUGCGCGCGCUCGACUGGGAGCCGCGCGAGCCGCCGCGCGGCGCCGUCGCCGCCAUGAGCUACUUCUACGACGUGGCCGCCGACGCGGGCAUCAUCGGUCAGUGCUGUUGCAAUUGCAACCUUACAUCUAUAGAUUUAGAGCGCUACACGCUGCGCGCGCUCGACUGGGAGCCGCGCGAGCCGCCGCGCGGCGCCGUCGCCGCCAUGAGCUACUUCUACGACGUGGCCGCCGACGCGGGCAUCAUCGGUCAGUGCUGUUGCAAUUGCAACCUUACAUCUAUAGAUUUAGAGCGCUACACGCUGCGCGCGCUCGACUGGGAGCCGCGCGAGCCGCCGCGCGGCGCCGUCGCCGCCAUGAGCUACUUCUACGACGUGGCCGCCGACGCGGGCAUCAUCGGUCAGUGCUGUUGCAAUUGCAACCUUACAUCUAUAGAUUUAGAGCGCUACACGCUGCGCGCGCUCGACUGGGAGCCGCGCGAGCCGCCGCGCGGCGCCGUCGCCGCCAUGAGCUACUUCUACGACGUGGCCGCCGACGCGGGCAUCAUCGGUCAGUGCUGUUGCAAUUGCAACCUUACGUCUAUAGAUUUAGAGCGCUACACGCUGCGCGCGCUCGACUGGGAGCCGCGCGAGCCGCCGCGCGGCGCCGUCGCCGCCAUGAGCUACUUCUACGACGUGGCCGCCGACGCGGGCAUCAUCGGUCAGUGCUGUUGCAAUUGCAACCUUACAUCUAUAGAUUUAGAGCGCUACACGCUGCGCGCGCUCGACUGGGAGCCGCGCGAGCCGCCGCGCGGCGCCGUCGCCGCCUUGAGCUACUUCUACGACGUGGCCGCCGACGCGGGCAUCAUCGGUCAGUGCUGUUGCAAUUGCAACCUUACAUCUAUAGAUUUAGAGCGCUACACGCUGCGCGCGCUCGACUGGGAGCCGCGCGAGCCGCCGCGCGGCGCCGUCGCCGCCAUGAGCUACUUCUACGACGUGGCCGCCGACGCGGGCAUCAUCGGUCAGUGCUGUUGCAAUUGCAACCUUACGUCUAUAGAUUUAGAGCGCUACACGCUGCGCGCGCUCGACUGGGAGCCGCGCGAGCCGCCGCGCGGCGCCGUCGCCGCCAUGAGCUACUUCUACGACGUGGCCGCCGACGCGGGCAUCAUCGGUCAGUGCUGUUGCAAUUGCAACCUUACAUCUAUAGAUUUAGAGCGCUACACGCUGCGCGCGCUCGACUGGGAGCCGCGCGAGCCGCCGCGCGGCGCCGUCGCCGCCAUGAGCUACUUCUACGACGUGGCCGCCGACGCGGGCAUCAUCGGUCAGUGCUGUUGCAAUUGCAACCUUACAUCUAUAGAUUUAGAGCGCUACACGCUGCGCGCGCUCGACUGGGAGCCGCGCGAGCCGCCGCGCGGCGCCGUCGCCGCCAUGAGCUACUUCUACGACGUGGCCGCCGACGCGGGCAUCAUCGGUCAGUGCUGUUGCAAUUGCAACCUUACGUCUAUAGAUUUAGAGCGCUACACGCUGCGCGCGCUCGACUGGGAGCCGCGCGAGCCGCCGCGCGGCGCCGUCGCCGCCAUGAGCUACUUCUACGACGUGGCCGCCGACGCGGGCAUCAUCGGUCAGUGCUGUUGCAAUUGCAACCUUACAUCUAUAGAUUUAGAGCGCUACACGCUGCGCGCGCUCGACUGGGAGCCGCGCGAGCCGCCGCGCGGCGCCGUCGCCGCCUUGAGCUACUUCUACGACGUGGCCGCCGACGCGGGCAUCAUCGGUCAGUGCUGUUGCAAUUGCAACCUUACAUCUAUAGAUUUAGAGCGCUAA